GCCCGGCGUGGAGAGAUGUGCAGAGCAUUUGUUGAUAAUUGUUUCAAUGAAUGUUCCCAUGCUUUGACGGCACUGUCGUGAUUACCGGUGAUACAAUUCCGUAACUUUGCUGAAGUAAACUUAAAGAACAGCCGCGCCGUCGCCGAAACGUCGUUGACCUUGGCGAACCUGGCGCAUCAGUACAGUAGCCAUGGCUCCGCCGCAACUGGAUGCACCUACCAGCUCCAUGCCGCCUGGCAUGAGUGCACAUGGAGAACUUUUUGCUGAGACGGAGGACUUGGGCUUAGUACCUGAGGCUAGAGCACCACUGCGCGCUUCUUCCAGGACGAGCCAGCCUUGCAGGCCUGUGUACGGGGAACUGAUCGCAGAAUUGGAGGGCGUAAGAUUAGUGUCUGAAGUUAGAGCGCCGCCACUUGCUUCUGCUACAACUAGCGAGCCUAAAAGGACUGUGGACAGCACAGUUGCCGGAGAGCGGCAUACUUCACAGACUGCUUCUGCCAGUUCCCACCAGCCUGGUGCCACUGUGGACAACAGAGAUGAUACUGAAUCGGAAGACACAGACACAACGCCCACGCCCUCAGGCUCGGCGCCUGGACCCUCUGCUCCAGGCAAUGGCAAGCCUCCUGAUAAGCAACAUUUUCUGAGUUCUGAGGCCAAAGACAAGCUCAAGACCGCAGGCAUCGUGGCUGGAGUAGCAGUUGGUGGGUAAACUGCACGAGAUGUUUGCAUCUGAGUUCAAAUUUAGUAGCAUUAUCAUGGUGGCGCAUUUCCACGCCUCUCCUUGCCUGUUUCAUCCAUGAAGUCCUU